UGUUGUCUUUUCUAUGUUUUGCUCCCAAUCUACUCCGCUUCCUUCCCACUGGCUCGAUCACCUCAUCGCGCCGUGCAGCGCCAACACCGCGUAAAAGCACACGUGAGCAGUACGUGUAACACCUGUCCAACCGGCACGUCUGCAAACACACGCAUAUGACUGCGCUCAGACAUAGACGCCGGGCCGAGCGGGAUACCCUACCGCGCUUGACGACGCAUACCACCUCGGCAGGACAUUGUUUACGCUGCAGCGGCUGCAGGUGCGACGCGACUCUGCUGCGCGGGAGACGGUGUUCCUGCUGUGGUGAAAUUGGCCGUUGGAUGUGGCCUCAGUUAUAUUUGUCCCUUUUCUUCGCUCUUUCUGGAGCUGCAAUUCAGCAAUUGCAUCUCUGCUGGUUUUGCUUUGAUAUUGGUUUUGGUACUCGUUUUGCUGCCAGUUCCUCCACUGCUUCUGAUAGCUAGUCCUACAGUGCUUCCUGGUAUUUGUUCAUUGAGAAGCUUGUGUUUGAUCUUCGCUCGAUUGACAGCUUAUAAACCAUCAGAUCAACUCAGAUCAGAUCCGAUAAGACUAACGAUACUCAUCAGACUCAGUCUUAAACACAU